AUGUACUCUUCUGGCCGUGGCGAUGCCCAUGGGAGCCCCUUUGCUUCGGGUGCCUCCGGCAGGGCUUCGAACAUGACGACGCUUCCUGGCGGCUCCAUGCGGAGCCAGGGCAGCCAGGGCCCAGGCUUCUCCGGAGGGCACCUGCGGAGCUUGUCAGGACUGCCGUCGGACGGCGAGGAGAGUCCGGAAGCCAUGGCUCACUGGCAGACGAUGGUGGAGAGCGGCUGGAUCACAGACCAGGUGCAGGUGCACAUCAGCAAGCUGCUUGACCUGCCGCGGGAGUUCCGCGAUGGCCGGCCCCUGCGCUACACCUUGCUGGCCUCGGACGAGGAGAAACUCCUGGGGAAGUUGGAAAAGCUUGGAGGCAAGGCGCCCGCCCAGGAGAAGAAGGAGACCUUCAGCCUGUCAGAGGAACAGGGAAUGCUUAGGCUCUCCACUCGCGGCGUGGGGAUUCUCAUUGAGCUCCAGUACGAAGACGGCCGGCGGAUUGCGCGGUGCUCCUUGAGCAGGAUGGACCCCCGGUCCGCCAAGCCGAACACGUACAGCUGCUGGGAGAACGAAGCCGACGUGCCAACCUGCGGCGUGGAGCUAACCAUCUUCGAAGGGGCGCAGGAGCUCGAAAAGACGACUCUGCCGGAAGCGGCUUCAAGCUCUCCCAGAGGCCCGCCGGCAGAUUUCCCACCCGGAGCGGGGCAGUCCCAGUCCCAGCCCAGGACGGAGCCCAGACCCGGCUCGCAGCAGGAUAUCUCCUUCGACCCACCACCGCUGGCCCGGAGCGGCGUUCCCCCACCACCGCCGCUACCCACACCGGGAACGCCAGCACUUGGUCGAGAGGUGGCCGUAAAGGUGUCACGGCUCUUGGACGUGCCCAGCCGGCCGCAGAAGAACUACGUGGUGAGGGUGCUGGACCAGCUCGGCCAACUCGCAGCCACGCCGGAGGUGCGCUCCGAGAGCGCUGCGAGCGCCAUCAGCCCAUGCAGCACAGUCCAUCUGGGGCCCGAGGGGGAACUGGCGCUCCGCACGGAGUCGCCGCUGCUCACUCUGCGGGUGGAGUUUUCCGAUGGCAUGCUGAUUGGGUCUUGCCAGAUUUAUCGUCCAGACCCCCGAUCUGAGAAGAUGUCUCAGUACCUCUUGACGGACUCUGCCGGUGGCUCCGCAGACUGCGGCGUGGAGCUGCAAGUUCUGGAAGCGGUGAAGGCAAGUCGCCACAUCGGCGGCAACCUGGCUGCCGGAAGCCGCGUGGUCGUCCGCUUUGCCGAGCCAAACCUCCUGGGCGGCUUUUUGCAGGUGCUAGAUUUGCCGGAAGGGGGGAGCCUCACCUUCGAUCCGGGCGAGUCUUGGAACUUUGACUUCCAUCUAUCCGUGAGCGAUACGAAGGAUGCGAAGCUGCGCUCUCACGUCGUGCGCGGGGGAUCCUACAUCGUGAAGAGAAGCGACACAACCUGGAGUCUGGAGACGCUGUCGUUGCCUCCCCGCCAGACAAGUGACAGGCUUGCGUACCUGAAGGGUCUCAGCUUGUCAUUCUCGGCGUCGGGGUGGCUUGUGAUCUAUCAGCUUGGUGUGGCCGAGUGCUUGCAGAAUCAUGGCAUCGCCAAGAACCCCUAUGUGCGUGUAUCCGGGGCCUCUGGCGGUGCUUUGGCCGCUUGCAUCAUGAUGUACGGCGCCGACCCACGGAAGCCUUUGGAGGUACUUUUGCAGUCCGCGCAGAUCCUCCACCAAAGGCCUGAGAAGGCCUUCUUGCUCCGGAAGUUCGUGCUGAAGGCGAUGAAGGAGAUCCUGCAAGAUGGUUCGUUUCAACAUCCAGUCUUCGAAUCCCGUCGCCUGGAGAUUGGGGUGUCCUCUACGCAGAACAAGGGCCCCGGCCGCUUUAUCAACAUGAUGUUGAACGGCCGGGAGCAUCGGCUCAAGAAUUUCAGCAGCACGGCCGACGUGGCUGUAGCCUUGCUGGCCUCCUCCACCUGUGGAAUCUCGGGGCUCCCCUUCACCUUCCAGGACGAGGAAGGCGAGGAGCGGCAGGUCGCCGACGGCGCUUUCAAGAACUUCCUCCCCACUUUGGAUGAGACGUCGAUCACGGUGAAGCCCUUUUGCGCAGGAGUGGACGUUUUGAAACUCACGGGGCAACGAGCGGACAUAGGGCCCUCCGAGUUCGUGCCCGGCUCCUUCGGCGUCUUCCCACCAUCUCAAACGCUGUUGCGGCAUCUUUACGAGCUCGGCUACCGGGAUACGGAGACCUGGCUCCAGCUUCACUUGGAGGAACGCCUCCAAGAAGUUGCCGAGAAAAAUGCCCAAUCCGACGCAGAGGCCGACCUGCCGGACCUGCCGCCUGUGGCCUUCAGCUGCGAGAACGAGGGCAUGCUCUGGCACAAGGAGGUCCUGCAACGAGUCCCCGUGAAGUGGGCGGACAUGCUGAAUUCCCGCAACUUCCUCGCGGACAAGACUCCCCAAAUUCGGCGACAAGGCAUGUUGGAGCUGAGCGAUCUCAGCUUUGUGGGGCCCGAUGGGCAAACAACCGAGGCCGCUCCUUGGGAAGUGACCGGCGUGAGGAGGUGGAUGGUGUUGACGGAGCUGGACAUGCGAUGGCAGGAAAGCGAACAAGUGAAUGCAGAGAGUCACGACGAGGAGCAGCAGAGGGUGGAGUGGAUGAUCCGGGAGUUGCAAGUUCCGGCCGCUCCGGCUGGCUCGCAAGCGUCACAGGAGGCGUUUCUACACAGGCUCACGUGCGGCCGGGUCCACCUCUCCUGGAUAUCGGACGCGUACAUCGACGAGCAUUGCCGACGGUGCUCGGUUGACACGCCAGAGAGGCAUUUCGUGGUGAGCACCGUGAACUACUCCCUGACUCUCAGGGCCGCAUCUCAUGAGGAUGCGGUCGCCUGGACUACGGCGCUGCAGGACGCAAUCGCAGAAACUCGGGACUACGACCCUGAGGCCAAGGCGGGCAAGAGCAAGGGCAGCACGAUCGAUAAAGAGCCAGCGGUCUUUGUGCAAGCAUCCGUCGGCAAGACGAUGCAGAAGACGCUCAUCGCCGAAGGAUCCUUGAGUCCUGUAUGGAGGAGCAGCAACGAGUUUACCUUCCCGGUGGGGGCGGAAGACGGCGAGCUGGAGCUCAAGGUGAUGAACUCCUCGGUGCCAGCAAACCAAGUGCUGGGAUCACUGGGCCUCGCGCUUUGGAACGUCCCUCCGGCCCAGUGGCUGCAGAGACGCGAGAAGCUCCUAGGAGGACCGGGUGAACUGGAGUAUGCCUUCUUCUUCCAGCCAGCAAAGGUCUCCACCGAAGUGCCGCAGCCAGGCACCGCACCGAAGGCGAUGCCUGAAGCUCCCCCAGCACCACCGGCCGCGCUCGCGGGGCCCACUGGUGGAAGCUACGGAGGUCCGCAGCUGAUUGCGCCCCUUCACUUCGGACCGCAGAUUCCAUUUGGUGAGCCGCCUCCGGGUUCGAUGGUGGCCGGGGACCUCGUCCUCCCCCCUUUGACCGCCGGUUGGGAGGCCUUCAAACCCGUCCCUCGCGCUCCCCAAGCACUGCGUUCCCUUCCGGCACCUCCGACCAAAGAGGAGCCAAGGAUGGAGAAGCACCAGGCACUUUUCCCGGACAUGUUCCACUACGAGAAGGAUGAGCACGAAGCCGAAGAGCUGUGGCUGAAGCCACCUGAGCAUGACAAGACCGACGAGCUCCUGGGUGCUGACCGGGACUUUGAGGUCUUGGCCUCCACAGCUGAGAAGUGGCGGGCCCCGGUACUCACUCCUCUUCAGCUGGACGUCUUCCACGACAAGGUCUUCCCCGACAUGGAUGUCGGCUUGGUGCUGCCCCAGCAGGAGGCGAGGAAGGAACUGCCGGAGCGCGCACGGGAAGUGAAGACCAAGAGGAAGGAGCGGCGUGACCGGGGACUGCCAGAGAUCCCCGUCGACGGCUGGCUUGACAACGCGCAGACCAAGCAGACACGGCAGCCUUUGAGGCAGCUGAAAGACCAGGAACCGAAGCAGACUCCUCCGCCGCAGGCCGGGGUGCAGGAGCCCAAAAGCAAAUCGAUCUCUCCGAUCUUGGAGGCGCGAAGCAAGCGCCGCCGUGCGAAGCUCAAGGCGGGGGACGAAAGCGCGAGAUGGCUCGGCGGGAAUCCUGGCCUCAUAGAGCUGGUGGUAGAACUGGGAGGUGGAGCGGGAGUUGGUGCGGCCGGAGCAGGCUCUGGAGCCAAAAAGAGCCGAGAGAGAGAGAGAGAGAGAGUAGGGGAACUUCCCCUUCGCCAUAGCCCUCGCGAAAGACAGAGGGAAAGAGAGAGAGAGAGAGAGAGAGACUCGGCGGCGCUCCUAUUCCUUGCUCCCUAUAGGCCCUGGACAUCGAUCAGCAGCUGCAGAGCCAUUCUGCCCAGUUGA